ACUUUUCUCGCCGGACCAAACAAUCGAUUGCAACAUCACACACUGAAAUUUGCGCUUUGAAAAAUGAGCCGAGUAGAGAUUUCGAGUCCCUCCAGCGUGGACUUGGAAGCAGCAGUGAACCACCUGCUCAAAUUCCCUGAUACUAUCCCCACCUACAUGUACCCUUCUCGGGCUGCUCAUGGAGCCAAAGAGAACCAAGGUGCCUCUACCAUUCCGGUCGACAUUUUGGACUCCGCCAAGGACUACACGUUCUACUUGGACGUCCCUGGCUUGUCCAAAUCUGAUAUUCAGGUAACUGUUGAAGAUGAAAAUACUCUGGUGAUUCGGAGCAACGGGAAGAGGAAGCGUGAAGAUGGAGAGGAGGAAGGGUGCAAGUAUGUUAGGCUUGAGAGGAAGGCACCGCAGAAGAUGUUGAGGAAGUUCCGAUUGCCUGAGAAUGCGAAUGUUGGAGCCAUCACUGCCAAAUGCGAAAACGGGGUCCUGACCGUAGUUGUUGAGAAGCUUCCCUCACCUCCCAAACCCAAAACAGUCGCAGUUAACGUCUCUUGAAGCAAUGAAGCGAAUAGGGGAUGAUGUCAUGAUGUAGAAGAAGCUAGCUAGGCUGGACUGGACUUGAUGUAUUUUGUAGGCCUCUUUUUGUGUUGUCACCCGCAUGGUACACCCAGUUGUUAUGCGUCUCUGUUUCGAAUUCUUAUGAAUGCUUGUUGUAUGCUUGCCAAGACCAUGAAUUUGUGUUCUAAAUUCGAAUGCUUCAUGCGAGUGUUUCUUUCAUAA